AUGGCAUUACAGCUAAAGGUUAAGAAAAUCGGAGGUAAACACUCUUUUAGAGUUCAUAGUGGUCAAAAUUCAACUUCACAACAUCUCGCUUUCCUCAGCAGAAUUGCGAUGAGGCAUAAGAUGGAUCGUCAUGAUUCUGGAAUGUACUAUGCCGAGGGCGAUACUUCCGAUUCAGAUCUUGACUCAGAUCUAGAGCCUGAACCCGAAAUUCAAGCUUUUAUAACUAAACCAAUUGAUAAAAAUACUUCACAAACCGACUCAUAUGAAGAUAAAGACGAGGAUGAGGACUCAGAUGUCUUGCUCGAGGCAUUGAUCAAGGACUACAUCGAUCGUGUCAAGGCCUUUAGGCAGAUAAUUAGUUAUCCGAACAUCAAGAAGUCUCAACCGGGAUUUUUAGGGCUAACUAUGUAUAGCGAUAAAAUUCUCAAGCAUAUUGGUGGGAAAAUCACUAUAAAAAAGAAAAAUUAA